GUCGACUGUCUGAUGAUGGGAUCCGGCGACAUGAGGGCGAUGGACGCCAGCCGCCUGCGGGCCCGCAGUCUGCUGCUCUUCCUCGGUUACCUAUUGCAAGCAGUCAUGGGCACAACAGUGAUCCCAUUAUGUGAACCAGGUGAAAUGGAAAACUGCACAACAGCACUAAUCCAAACGGAGAACAGUCCUCGUGUGGCUCAAGUUGGGAUAACCAGAUGCAAGCCUGAAAUGAAAGAUUACUGCUUCCAUGGACAGUGCGUGUACAUAGUGGACUUGGAUGAGCACUACUGCAGGUGUGAUGUCGGUUUCUCUGGUGUCCGUUGUGUGCAUUCAGAACUUGUCAGACAACCCCUCAGCACGGAGUAUGUAGCACUGACAGUCAUCCUAAUUCUGCUUUUCCUCAUCGCCAUCUCCAUUGCAAGCUACUACAUCUGCAGAAGGUACCGAAACAAGAGGAGACAUACAAACACCAGUGAAUACAAGGAGGUCGGUGCCCUGUAGAAGAAACAAUCGCUUCCUACAGUGUUCUGUUCAUCUGGACGGACUCAGAGUCUUCCCAUCUAUUUAAAUGUUAUUUUUAUUAACAAUAUUUACAAUAUUUAUAUCAUUUUACAAAUUUCAAUUGUUUGGUGAUCCAAUCAGUAUAGGUCAAGCAUUUUAUUUUCAGUGUUUUAUUUUUUUAUGAAAUAUUUCUUAAUGAGAACCCCACGUAAGUGGUUCUAUGCGAUAGAGAUAUAUUUUUGUAAAAAGUGGUCUUACUCUGAAGAGUAAUUUUAUAUUUAUUCUUGUGAAUAUGUUCAAAACAAUUUU